UCCCGGCCCACUGAUCCUAAUAUGGAAUGCAGCAGGAAACCCACGAUUUCCUGACACUCCGCAAGCUGGAGGAAGCGAGGGGGGGAAACUCCGUUUAAAAGCCCUUCUCUCCUCCAUAUUAGCUGUGUGGUGGAAAACCGGGCAGGAGUUAUCCAAAUCCCACCGUGUCAUCAGCCUGGCUGGGGAUGGGGAGGGUAGAGUGAGACUCUCACGGGCUGCUGAGACUUCUAGACUGCCAGGAAGUCCCGGGAAGUCUUUGGAAAUGAGAGUUCCUUAACUCCGGCACUACUCCAACUCCACUUCUUGGUACUGGGAGAAAGGGACAGACCUUUUCAUCUCUCCUCCCAGGAGUGCCUUUCUUCUCCAGCAUGGUGAGCGGCGGGGCUCCUGUGUGUCUGGGCUGUGCCUGGGAAAGCCGGGCCAGCCACAGUCAGGCGGCCUGAGCUCCAGCCUGGGGCCGGUGUCACCGCUCCAUGCACUGCAGAAGCCCCAGCAGCAGCUGCGGGAGCCACCAACAUGAGCUGCAGAGAGGGGACUGACAGCAGCUGCGGCUGCGGUGGGCGCGACGAGAACAGGAUCCUGAAGUGCGUGGUGGUCGGGGACGGCGCGGUGGGGAAGACCUGCCUGCUGAUGAGCUACGCCAACGACGCCUUCCCGGAGGAAUACGUGCCCACUGUGUUUGACCACUACGCAGUUACCGUGACAGUGGGAGGCAAGCAGCACUUGCUUGGACUGUAUGACACCGCAGGACAGGAAGACUACAACCAGCUGCGGCCACUCUCUUACCCCAACACCGAUGUGUUUCUCAUCUGCUUCUCUGUCGUAAACCCUGCCUCUUAUCACAACGUUCAGGAGGAGUGGGUCCCGGAACUGAAGGACUGCAUGCCUCAUGUGCCCUACGUGCUCAUUGGAACCCAGAUUGAUCUUCGAGAUGACCCCAAAACCUUGGCACGGCUGCUGUACAUGAAGGAGAAGCCCCUCACCUAUGAGCACGGUGUGAAGCUGGCGAAAGCGAUCGGAGCGCAGUGCUACUUGGAAUGUUCUGCCCUGACUCAGAAGGGUCUCAAAGCGGUUUUCGAUGAAGCCAUCCUCACCAUUUUCCACCCCAAGAAAAAAAAGAAAGGCUGCUUAGGGUGCCAGGGCUGCUGUGCAAUUGUCUGAAGUUGCCUGAGACCCAUCGCCCCGCCAUGCAAGGGUAUGGAGGGCAGCCAGUCUCUGUGACCCAACUCUAGCCAAAAAAGAGGGCGUGGCCAGAAAGGAAUUCCUGCAUUCGAACGCUUGUUCCGGAGCCCUGCCAACUUCCCAGCCCAGCAUCCUGUAAGCCACUGCCACAGCCUCAAGCCAGCUAGACCAUCCACACUGCGCAUGGAGAAUGCAAAGCCACGUUCAGACCGUAUGUUGUUGAGGUGUUGGAAGCCGAGUGAGGAUCCGUCUGGUAUUUCACAUCUUCCCUCUCACGGUUAUGAACCAACGGGAAGUCAUGACGAGAAAACCAAGUACUCUGUCCUGCACUGGUGGCCUUAGUUCAUGUCCUCACCAAACUUGGGAAUACAACACCGACAUUUUUUGUUCUGAGUCUGUUCUUUUACCCAAGCACCUUUAACACUCAUUUCUAUUGCAGUUCCCUGAUGUCAAUCACCUGAGCCUUACAAAUCCACAUCAAAACAGUCGAAAGACAAGCUGGGUGGUGCUCACGCCAACUGAUAGUGGAUCUCUGCCAAUGUUCUUAGAGCUGUCAUGUACCUCUGAAUGCCUAAUUACAAAAAAAAAUUUUUUUACAGCUUUUAUACACUUACAGACCUAUAAUGCGGUUAACCUUUUUGAAAGAAAACAUCCUGUAAAUUAUUCCAGCUCCUCAAGUUUAGCCAAAGGUCAUCUACAAAUGCUUCAGGUGAUGAGGGUCUGCUCUUGCAAAAUCCUACCGUCACUCAAACCGAAAGUGGACUGUCUUGGAAGAAACAGUUUUCAACUUCUCAUCUAAAGCAUUCAGGACAAUAAUACAGCAAAGCCAUCUUCUCAGUUUAGGAGAGUGGGCCUGACCCGCCUUGCUCACACAACGUCUUUACUCUCUUUCUGUUCUUUUCUGUUUUCUCCAGAUCUGUGUGUUCCUCAGUCAUAGCCUGACGAGAGAGAGAGAGAGAGAGAGAGAGAGAGAGAGAGAGAGAGAGAGAGAGAGGAAGAAGAAGAAGAAAAAAAAGAAAAGAAAGGUGAUUUUUUAUGGACACCAGACAUUUAAAAAAAAAAAAAAAAAAGAGUUCCAGAGUCCUUCAGGGUCAAAGUGCCUCAACUUUUCUACUUGCUUUAGGUGAAAGCACUACUCAGCUUGUCUCCAUAUAAGUUUCUAUUAAGGAUGAUUUCUAGUCUCAGCCAGUAAGUGGUGAAGCUCGUCCUCCAUUGAACAUUUGGGAGAAGGCGUUUGGCCCUGAGCAGGAGAAGCUCCCAGUGAGGCAUCCUGCAGGAUGCAGGAUGGUACAGGAUGGUACCAAACAGCCAGGGACAAUCCGUGUUUUCAUUAGAGGUUGUGACUGUGAAGGCUCCUGCUUGUUUGCUUUCAAACGCCCUGGAAUUACCCAGGGAAGCUGAUUUAUCUUUUUUUUUUUAACUUUAUUACAUCAGUAAAUCAUAUCUUAGCAAUAAGAAAUUAUUUCACUUUUUCUAGAUUGAAGCGCCCUCUGUUAGGAAAAAUAAAAAUCUCAAUCUUUCCAGUCUUUUCUGCUCUUAGAAGAACCACAGAAGAAAAUUGUAUGAUAUGGGUCUUCUUAAGUUCUUCCAUGACACCCCUUCAAUCUUUAGGAGGGGUUGGUUGGUUGUCUGUUGUUUAGAAUUUCUGAAAUAUAUUUUUGCUUCUUCUA